CUUCCGGCACAGCUGGUGGUAUAGCAAGAGUGGUCUCCAAGAGACAUAGGGACGCUGCGCCUGGGUCCUGCAGCAGCCUCUCAACGCGCCGCCGCUCUCUGCCCAAAGGCGUGAGGGCAGCGUGGGACACUUUGGAGGCGGGUCCGAGGCUGGCUGUGCACCCCCCACUUUUCUGUCCAGGCCCGGGCAGUGGCGCUGAAAAAAGGAUCAGGGUGGCGAGGGGGAGUAGGAAAAAAAGAUCCGGUUAGACUUCCAUGCCGAUCGAGUGAAGUUAAGCCCUUUGAGCACAUAGCAAAAAAAGAAAGAAAAUGAAGUUAAAGCUGAAGCAACUAGAGAGUCGCCUGCAACAAGUGGAUGGAUUCGAAAAACCCAAGCUACGUCUAGAACAGUAUCCGACCCGGCCGCACAUCGCAGCUUGUAUGCUCUAUACAAUCCAUAAUACAUAUGACGACAUUGAAAACAAACUGGUUGCAGAUCUAGGAUGUGGUUGUGGAAUGCUUAGCAUUGGAACUGCAAUGUUAGGAGCAGGACUGUGUGUUGGAUUCGACAUAGAUGAAGAUGCACUGGAAAUAUGUAAUAGGAAUGUGGAAGAGUUUGAAUUAACAAAUGUUGAUAUGAUUCAGUAUGAUGUGUGCUCAUUAUCUAAAAAAAUGCCCAAGUCAUUUGAUACAGUGAUUAUGAAUCCUCCCUUUGGGACCAAAAAUAAUAAAGGGAUAGAUAUGGCUUUUCUUAAGACUGCUUUGGAAAUGGCAAGAACAGCAGUAUAUUCUUUACACAAAUCCUCAACUAGAGAACAUGUUCAGAAAAAAGCUGCAGAAUGGAAAAUCAAGAUAGAUAUUAUUGCAGAGCUUCGAUAUGACCUUCCAGCGUUAUAUAACUUUCAUAAAAAGAAAUCAGUGGACAUUGAAGUGGACCUAAUUCGGUUUUCUUUUUAAAAGCCGCCAAAGACAAAAAGCAGCUUAAAACCUAAGAUGAAUAAAAAAACCUGUUUACUAAA